CCAGGGUUCGUAUGUUUUCUCUAAUAGAAGCAUCCUCGAGCUCUCUUCCAGUUCUUUCGGCCAUGGCGAUUUUCUCCAUCUCUCGCGACCUUGGCCCUUUGUUGCUGCUUGUGCUUACGGCCUUUGUGUGGAAGAAACACUUUUACAUGCGAGGUCUGACCUACCGAAAAACGGUGGUCCCUGUGAGUCGAGAACGACUCAUGAAAAGCAUUUUCUAUGUGGGAUUUCUCGGCAGCAUCGAUGCAGUUCUUCGACGCUCUGGUCAAUUGCUUGCUCGCUUGCCAAUCAUGGCGCACCUUUUGCCUCGCGAAGCUUCGACCUCGUUUCUCCUGCGCAUGUUACUGCUUCACAUGCCUUGGGCAGUUUGGGCUUUAAGGGGUCCUUUGAGCGAUCGUGGCUCUACUCGCGAUGACCAUGGCUGGUCAGAUACUGUGACCCGCUCCAGGUUUUGGAAAGCUGUUGCCUCCUACUUCGGCUGUCGUAUCGUGCUCUCGGAAGAGUGGCGCCAGCUGGAUGAGACGCAGCGCCGUCGAUGGUACGAUCGACACUACGUGAUUGCAAUGCACCCGCAUGGCCUUUUGCCUUUGGGUGCCAUUCUCAAUGGCCUCACCUGGGCUGGUGGCGGUUUGCGCGGCAUCACUGCCUCCGGAGCUGAACUGCCGGAACCGGAGAAUGGCGGCAAGCUGCUCCAUCAACGUUGGUUCAGGCAUAUGAAGCUUCGGGCAGCUGUUGCGUCAGGAGCUUGUGGGCUUUUCCCUGGCUUCUAUGAGAUGUUCACCACUCUAGGUGCCUUCGAAUGCACCAAGCCAUUCAUCCGGGACCGCCUGCGGGAGGGCAAAGAUGUGGCCAUCUUUGUGGGUGGUGCCCAGGAGAGCUCCUUUGCAAGUCCCAACCGCUAUGUGUGCUUCAUCAGCACUCACAAAGGCUUUGUGCGACUUGCGCUAGAGGAACACCGUGAUAUAUUGCCAAUGUGGACCUUUGGUGAUGAGUCCAUUAUGCCCCAGAUCCUCCACCGGCCGGCAUGGCUGGUAGCUUUGCAGAGUUUUUGGCGGAGCAUCACCGGCAUACAAGUUCCCCCAGCUUUCUCUGGUUUUCCUCAAUUGGUACCUUUGACUCUGGUCACAGGCGUCCCGGUCUCCUUGGAGGAUCUUUGGCCGGCGAAGCUGGGAGAUGCAGUGACAGAUGCAGCAGUGGAGGAGGGGCAUCGGCGCUAUGUGAAGGCGCAGCAAAAACUCUUCGAUAGCAAUAAGGCCUUGGUAGCGGGCGGCCACCAAAACGCGGUCAUCGAAUUUCUCUGAAGAAAA